AUGACCUCGGUCGAUAAACAACCUCCAGGAUAUUCUAAUGGCCCCUCACAACUCCCACCAACGUUCCCAGUGGGAAAGCAUAACACAGUGCCUCUAGUGACCGUACAAGACUUGCAAGCCCACCUCCGAAUCCUCGGAGCGUUUUACAAGCUCAAGCAGGAUGUACAUGGUAUGGUGAAUGGGUCGGACAAGGAAAAGGAUGAGGCGUGGGUGGUAUAUGUCAGUCGUGCUGUUCACCGACGUGCUCAUGGUGCUUCAUUCGUAUUUACUGGUAAGCAGUUACAAGGGCGUGGAGAGGAGAGGUUUAUUCUUUACAGAACCCUCUUGCGUUUUAUGAGGAUUGUGUCCGACGCACUCGAGUUGAUCUUUGGAAGAAGGCUGACCUUUGAAAGGUCCUUUCCAGUCCAGCUCGUCGCAUCCCUGAUUGACCCUGACACCCUCGACGCAUACCCUCCUUCUAACGAGCGCAAAGCAUUCUUUGAGGGUAUCACCAAGGAGCCGUUCACUCUCCCUCUUACCACUGCCACCUCAGACAUCCUGUCCUUGUCUUGCCCCUGCUGCGACAAGACCGCGGACAAGUUGUGCGAAAGAGUUUACGAAACCGAUGAUUGGGAUUCGUCGCUUUGCAGACGAGGUGACGAGGAAACGGGCGAAACGGCGAGUUUAUUUUGCGUGAGCAUGUUUUCAUUGUACGGAUUGCACAUGCGCAUCAAUGCAGUAUUCUCGUUAUCCAAGCAUUGUGAGGAUAAAGAUAUCGGGGCAGAAGCGAGAAAGCUAGCUGCAGGACUCGAAUGGAGCCCGGCUACACUCGCUGAGAACCUUCAAAUUGGACUUCAACCCAAAGCAGACUUUAAUCCCGAUCGAAUCAUCCCGAGUAAUCCUGGACCUGCUAGCAUCGAUCUCGUUGGUGCUGUACUCAGGCAGUCUACGUUUGUCGCUAAAAUGUACGAGAUGGGCUGGUCGAAACCGGGUCAAGUUCCUCAAGACCAGAAAAUAGCCAAUCUU